AGCACCGGCUACAUCUGAAGCACCGGCUACAUCUGAAGCACCGGCUACAUCUGAAGCACUGGCUACAUCUGAAGCACCGGCUACAUCUGAAGCACCUGCUACAUCUGAAGCACUGAAUACUCCCGAGGACGUCACUACAUCUAGCCAGGAUGCGACCACUUCAGAAGAGCCCACCACAUCUGCCGAUGUUAUUGCCACCACUGAGAACCUGAUUCUUGUAGAAUCCACCAUCAGUACCACCGACGACAAUGACGACUUGGUUAUCGAUGAGCCCUCCAGCGACGAUGAACCACCAAGUUCUGAAGACGACACCAAAGAUGAGGGAAGCAUUACCAUUGACGACACCGAUGAUGAGUUCACUGAACUAAACCCCACUACAAUCUCCAAUGCUGGGGCCAACCAAGGCAGCGGUUUCCCCGGGCCAAUGAUCUCCAUGGGGCUCCAAAUGAUUCUCAACAAUGGCGUUAAACUGCCCUUUCCAUUGCCCAACAUGGAACUCCCAGGCCUUAACCUUGCCACCAUGCACCUCCCCGACAUGACCGUCGCCGGCAUUGCCCUCACGGACAUCUCCCUGCCUUCCACUAGCUUGCCAUCUUUUAAUCCCGCCAGUAUGACGGAGUUUGCAUAUAUCGAGCAGCUGAUGAGCCGUGCCGGAAUCACUUUUGAUGAUUUGGCAAAUUAUCCUUUGCCCGAUUUGUCCAAUUUGAAUCUGUCUGAUUUGGGUGAUCUCGGUCAGCUUGCCGGUGGCAUGGAUAUAGGUUUUAUCAUGAGCUUGAUUAGUGUCAAGAGAGUGUCGCUGCCUAAUGAUAUGGUGCCAACGCCUAUUUAUGAGCCGCUGUCGCAGACCACUACCCUGGAUUCCAACGAUAUUGUAGGAUUGAUCGGACUGCCCAUCAUCCCACUCACCGGGUGAUUCAAUAAAAAAAUUAUUUACAUCUCUAUACCUAUCUAUUUAAACUUUUCAAUUAAUUUCAAAUACACAACAUUGAAGAAACAUUACUUUUUUUCUUCUACUUUUCUUCUACUUUCAAUAUUAUUAUUUCAGUCUCAGUCUCAGUCUCAGCCAAGGACUCUGUUCAUUAUAGCCAACACCUGGGUUGCCAGU